CAUUACCACAUCACCAAACAUUUAGCAAGCUAGUUUCUACUGCAAUGUCUCACUGCUCAGUGCUCUCAGGUUACAUUUGGAGGUAGGGUAGCCUUUGUUAGAGUCUAUUUAGUAUUUUAUUAUACUGUAAUAAGCUUUGCAGGAUAGGCCCCGCCCGUCCGUAGAGGUAAACAAAGUGGAAUUGUUUUUGUUUUGUAUCCGCGUCACAGUAGCCAUCAUCACUGACCGAGACGUCGCUGGCAAAUGGAAAUAAGUAACAUUUCGAAAUGAAUUGUCGCUCGGAAGUUCUUGAAGUAACGGUGGAGGCGAGGCAGGUGGAAGAGGCUAUGCUGGCUUUGCUGCACACCAUUUUACUGCAUCGCAGCACCGGCAAGUUUCACUAUAAAAAGGAGGGCACCUACUCCAUCGGGACCGUUGGUACACUGGACAUCGACUGUGACUUCAUCGAUUUCUCCUUUGUCAGGGUGUCCUCAGAGGAGCUGGACAGAGUGAUCAGGAAAGCUGUGUCUGAAUUCAAGGAUGCUUUGAGCAACACUGGCAGCGAUGGCAUGGGGCAGAUCUCUCUGGAGUUCUACCAGAAGAAGAAAUCUCGUUGGCCUUUUUCCGAUGAGUGCAUUCCCUGGGAGGUGUGGAGCAUCAAGGUCAACGUGGUCAACCUGGCUAACGAGCAGGAGAGACAGAUCUGCAGGGAGAAAGUGGGCGAGAAGCUGGGCGAGAAGGUGAUCAACGUGGUCGAGGUGAUAAAUCGCCACGAGUACCUGCCAAAGAUGCCCACUCAGUCUGAAGUGGACAAUGUGUUUGACACCAGUCUCAAAGAUGUCCAGCCAUACCUGUACAAAAUCACAUACCAGAUCACUGACUGUCUGGGCACCUCUGUCAGCACCACCAUGAGAAGGCUGAUUAAAGACACCCUGGCACUGUGAGGAUACUCAACAACACAUAUAUGGAUGCUUUUACUCAACUGUAUCUGUAGUCACAACUGACAACCUUUCUGUGCUUCAGAAACAGCUCUGUUCUUGCUACAGUGAAGCAGUGUCAAUGUAAACACCUAUUCAGUCACUUUUUGAUGUCUCUGCUCUGGUUCUGGUAUUGAUUGUAUGUCCCAUUUCUUGAUUAUGUCAUGUCAGUUAUUUUAAGGAUAUCUGGUUUGGUUUUUCGUUUGUUCUUUCCAGAUUAUCUUCAUUUUUUAUCAUUUAGAAAUGCAAUGUUGACACAGUAGCAAAUUACACAAUGUAUCAGUUUAAUUCUUUAAAAAGGUUGUGUUGCUGAGAAUGCCUAAUCUGUAAAUUAUUGUAAAUUUUUUUGACAAUAAAUGUUGUUCGUUGUAAUU